UUGUGUUUUACAGCCCCAUGCAUGCGCUCACGCAGCCACCAUGAGCGACCCCGUUACAGCGACUGCGAAUGCGAAUGCGCCAGUCUCGACCGCCGAUACGCCGCUGAAUGAUGUAGUGGAUGGUGUCGCAGCAGGAAACGCGCCCCAGAAAGCCGCAGCAGACCAAGGGCUGUCCUUCGACGUCAAGACCCUCACAGACCGCGCCCUCCAAUUCUUGGCCACGGCCAGCAACGAGACGCUCGGAGCGUGCUUGGUGGGCCUCGGGGCAGGCACGUACUUGAUCCUCGGCCGAGUCGGCCUGGUACUCAUUGGCGUUGUUGGUGGAGUUGUGCUACAUGCAACAUGGGAGGGACAGCUGCAUGGUGGUGAGGAUGCUGAAAAGGGCAAGAGCAGUGAAACCAGGAAACGAGAGUUAGGCGCGCACGUCGCAACCAGGAUCUUAGACUGGCGGGACAAGAAGGACAAGCAAGACGGGCAUACAGACGACUCGAAUUUGAGCUUGAAACUUUACUCGGGUAAGAAUCUCGACUACUCUGAGUUCAAGCCAGAGACAGCUGCAGCCUUGACCGAGCUAACGGACGCCGUCAUUCGGGACUAUGUCAAGUAUGUCCUCGCUUUCCCCAACUCGUGCCGCCAAACCCUUACUGCCUUCACACUCUCUGUCUCAGCACACCUUUCUCGCAAACGACCUGCCGAUAACUUCGUCGAUUUCGUGACACGCUCGUCCUCGUUCAUGAUUAUCCUCCUGCAAGAGUUGUCAGCCGCUGUUAUGGCUUCACCUGGCGACGCACCGAGCGAGGCAGUCGACAUCUAUCUCAAGAUGAAGCGAGAUAGCACGCUCGCGAACAUCCUCGAUCCCGAAUAUCAGGCACAGCAGUUCAGUAUUGCCGCUGAAGACAUCCUGCAAAAUUACCUGGAGCACAAAACGUACAACUGCAUGCCAGCACGGGCGUUCUUGCACCAAAUUCUGGCUAAGGUCGUCCUGGAAAUGAUCGUUGUAAGCUGCUCAAAGCCCGAGUUCAUCAACGGCUGGAUUGUGUACCUUCUGGAGGAUGGCGAGCCUGAGCUCAUGAACGCCAUUGACGCCGGCGUGGAGGAGUCAUCAGGGCAACUACAGAAUGUUAGGAAUAACAUCGAAAAGACAACAGGCGAGGUCAUGUCACCAGAGCGCAGGGAGCAUCGACGCCGCGUUAGCAAAGCUCAGGAGGCCAUGGAUGAAGCCAUGCAAGAAGCGAAGCGACUUAGCCGACUAAUCGCUGAAGAAGACGCCAAGCGUUUGAAGAGCCUGGACGAGUCGACCUCUUCUCUUACUGACGACCAGUCGGCGAGCACCACGCAAGGAAUCGUUACACCAACAUCAUCACAAAGCGAGGACACUGCUGAGGGUGAAGCAGCAGGCCUAGGUCUUUCUGCCGCUCCUGUCCAAGCGCCCCCUCAAGCUGUACCUUCUCCGCCACCGAGGGUCGCCGAGGAGGCAAAGAAGGCAUUCACGAGUUUUGACCAAUUAUUGGGCAAUAACCCACCGACUGCGCUUUACGAGGACGAAGAACGGCCAGCGAGACCGCCGCCCCUCACUCUCUACAACAGCACGAUGUCCAUCUUUGAUGACAGCAUGCCCGGAGAGAAGAUAAUAAUAAGGGCUAAGCCAAAUGUGGAGUACUUGAUCCAGAUCGAACCCUCGUCUCACCACCACUCUGGAUGGAUGACCGCCCGCAAGUAUACCGAGUUUGAGACGUUGCACGAAGUUAUUCGCCGCAUCGCAGCCAUCACAGGCACGACUGGAUUCACCGAUGCGCACCCUGAGUUGCCGGCCUGGAAAGGCCACACCAAGCCGUCACUCCGAGGCGAACUUGAGCGGUAUCUCAACGAUGCAGUCAAGUUCAAGCCGCUAGCUGAGAGCGAAGGCAUGAAACGUUUCCUCGAGAAGGAGCUGGGCACUGGUAAGACGCCAGGAAGCGGCUUCCCAGGAAUCGGAUGGGCCGGCCAAACCUUCGAUACAAUGGGCAAAGGCAUCGGCUCUACGUUCGAUGUGCUAUCGAAAGCGCCCAAGGAAGUCGCUGGAGGAGGCAAAGCACUCUUUGGUGGCGUCACAGGCGUUCUGGGAAGCGUUGCACCCUUUGGAGCGAAGAAGAACCGCGAGUUAGUCACUAACGGGACAAAUCCAAAUGCAAUAGGUGCCAGCAACAGUACCGCGACUCUGUCUCGGGCAUCUACAAACACCAGCGAGGCCCCUAAGACUCGCCAUAGCCGAGCAGAGUCCAUCGUGCCUGAGCUGCCGACACAUAUUCGCUCGGAGAGCACGCUAUCAUUAGCCUCUAAACGCACAUCAAUGGAGUCGAUCCGCAAUCCCAACUCGCCGAUCAUCGAUCAGCAACCACAACGGGAAGCUCAAAUGGAGCGUCGGCCAUCAUACAACCCUGACGGCGAUGGCAAGCGCUCUGGCCGCUCCUCUCGAUACGGUUCCAGGGCUAACAGCCGCGCUCCAAGUCCCAGGAGAAGUAUGGAUCUCAGCCCUGCUCUUGGUGGCGACCAAUUCAUGAACCUACCCCCGAUGCCCAGCGAGAUCGAAGACGACUAUAACACCGCCCCUUCCCGCACAUCGCUAGACCCAUUACACGCUCGCAACGCUUCCCGCACAUCAUUGAGCUCCCUAACGCCUUCGAACAACGAUUCUAUCCCGCCCGUACCCCCGCUACCGCGCCGCCCAUCCGCAACCUCGAUCGCCCCCUCUACAACAACAUCCCCUUCGAAGCCCGCGAAACAGCCCAAGACCCACAUCCCCCUCUCGGAGCAAGAGACCACCGUGCUAAUCGAGCUCUUCUUUGCCGUAAUCAACGAGCUCUACACCCUCAGCUCUGCUUGGACACUGCGCCGCACUCUGCUCAACGCAGCGAAGACCUUCCUCCUACGCCCCGGCAACCCGCAAUUAGCGUCCAUAACCUCGCUUUUUCAGACGACUCUUGAUUCCAGCACUUCCGAUGAAGGGCUUGCGCGCCAGCUGCGCAAGAUGAGGGAGAACGCGCUGCCCACGGAGGCCGAGCUGAAAAAGUGGCCCAAGGAGGCCGGCGAUGAGGAGAAGGAGAUAUUGCGGGCCAAGGCCAGGAAGUUGCUUGUUGAGCGGGGUAUGCCGAGUGCGCUGACUAGUGUCAUGGGGCAGGCGGCGUCGGGCGAAGCUCUAGGCAAGGUCUUCGAUUGUCUGCAGGAGCCUAGGGUGGCGCGGGGUGUGAUAUUUGGUUUGACGCUGCAGGCUUUGAGAGCUGUGACGCAGUGAUGAAGUAUGAGUUGUAAGAUACGAAUACAUAAUGGUGAAAUUUCAUGCGCGCUGGCACAUGCCGAGCAAUUGUGAUUCUCUUAGCAGCGGUCUCGGACGAGUUAUGAUGAAUGGAUGCAGACAAAGAGAGCAGAAGAGCACAUGGAAAGCCUCAGGCAUUAAUAUGCGCGCCAGGAUAUACGUUCUUGUAUUAUACCUGUUACAGC